AGUUACGGAUGCCCGCCACCACCCUAGCCACCAUGCCCGUAGUGACACACACACCUGCGCUGCCCACACGACCGAUGCCACGACCGAUGCCACGACCGCUGCCACAGCCGACACCAACACCUCUCUGGAGAGAGGCAACGAUAGCCGGAAGAAGCUUAAACUUGCGCUCAAUAAAGCAGUAUUGAACUAGCAACCAAGUAGUUCACUUGACUCUAGAGAACGCUCCCCCCAUAACUGGCGCAGUCGCAGUCGUCUCGGCGGAUUACCGGGACAUAGGGGCGUGAAUAACAACCGUUACCAUUAGAGGGAAGACUCUGGAUCCUGUUAAACUCCUUCCUUAAGAGCAUACCGAAUGAUUAGGUUGCAUGAAAAUUUACUUUUCUUUUUGUAUUCGCGAUUUCAAAUGCCUCCCGAAAAUAACAGUAAUGCAGCAGUAAAUCCUAUGUAAAUUUACGGCGUAACUUUCAAUUACACACUUUUUGUAAUUCCUAAUUACAUCUCAUAGGAAAAAGGAUUGUAAUUCGUAAUUACUGCCAUGUAAAGUUACACUAGAAAACAUGUAAUAUUAUUUUCAUGAAGGAAAAUUCCGCUUAUCCGUAAUUUUACAUGCAAUCUCAUUCACACUUUUUCCCGUAGCCGGGAGAAGGAAAAAAUAACAUUUCCCAGCACUAAAACUUAUUCCUUUUUAGAUGAAGAUUCCACUCAUUCUAUUCUGGGCCUGGGUCAUCCAAGCGGACAUGCAGCUUUACGACUUGAACACCAACCCCGGCGUUGUAAUGUUGCGAUCAGGAAGAAGAUAUAUCAAAGAAGGUAACAUUCGAAUUUACCAUAAAAUUGACCUCCAGGCAUACGGACCACUGAUUGUUCGGUGUAGAACCGCUAUCAACAGCCUAAAAACAGCUAGGAAUUAUAAAGAGGUUAUAGAUUUACUAAGCCAUAGGGUCGAAAAAAUCAUGAACAUGUACCGAGAUCUUUACCCUAAAGAGGUAGUAAGAAGAAAAAGAGCUCUAGAUUUUCUAGGAACUGGGAUUAAGUUCAUAACGGGUAACAUGGACUCCGAUGAUAGGGCCCAGAUCAAGAGCGACAUAGAUACAAUAUUGAAUAAGGAAGAAGACCUCGUUAAACAAAAUAAUAAACAGAUAGUUAUAAAUAAACAGUUAGAAACAAGAGUAAACAAAAUGAUUAGGAUUAUUAAUGAUCAGCAGAACAAUGCCAUACUACAACUGAACGAUUUCAACAUCUUAAAACAGACAAUUAUUGCAACCGAUCACCUUAACCAAAUCGAGGGCCAUCUAGAUAGUAUAGCUGAAACAAUCCAUCUGGCAAAAUUCAACAUCAUCUCGAAAUCGUUUUUAGAACCAGAAGAAAUAGGACUAGUUCAAAAAACCCUGAUUGAGCAAGAUGUUGCUCUUCAUAAUGUUAAUCAAAUCUACGAUUUUUUAGAGAUCAAGGUAGCAUACUUGCAAUCGAAUCUAUUUUUUGUUAUAUUGGUCCCGCGGUUAAAACAAGGAACGUUCAAAAGUUAUUUGUUAGCAGCCAUCCCAAAGAAUGGGAAGAUCAUUCAACUCCCGGCACCCGACGCUUUGGUCGGCGGAAACCAAACGUACUUCAUCAGGCAGCACUGUGCGGGUGGUGACUCUAUUGUGGUAUGCAAUGAAGAGGAUCUUAUUGACGUUAGUGGCGACAACUGCUUCGACCCAAUAUUUCGAGGCUCAACAGGUGACUGCGUGUUCACCAACUAUUCAAGCACAAGUAGAGUAAGGAGGCUAACGGACAAUCACAUCCUUCUAAACAGCGGAAACAAGACAAAGCUGUCAUCAACGUGCGGCCUCCCAGAUCGUAAUCUGAGCGGUAACGUUCUGAUUUUUUUCGAAAACUGCACUGUCCAGAUUAACGACGAAAUUUUCAAAGACGUCUUGUUUAACACGAGGGAGAAAAUCGACAUAAUCCCCCUAAACGGACAAAUUAUUAACGAAGGUCGCUUCAAUGCAAGCCUAUCUCUGCAAAACGUACACGAGCUGCACCUAGCUCAUAGAGAAUGGCUAGAGAGCAUUGAGAGGAAGGCCACCGCGACGGAUUCCAGAAACAUAGGAAUAUUUUUCGUCUUUUCCUGCCUUUUCUCGGCGAUGUUUGUAGCCAAGGUUUGUGCGAGACGCACAAAACUGAAGGACGGAGGAGUUACGGAUGCCCGCCACCACCCUAGCCACCAUGCCCGUAGUGACACACACACCUGCGCUGCCCACACGACCGAUGCCACGACCGAUGCCACGACCGCUGCCACAGCCGACACCAACACCUCUCUGGAGAGAGGCAACGAUAGCCGGAAGAAGCUUAAACUUGCGCUCAAUAAAGCAGUAUUGAACUAGCAA